UCUGACUGAGCCAGAAGGACCUUGCCAGCCUGGAUAUUACUGCAGCCAAGGAUCCAGCAGCUCCUCACCUGUUGGCCUUUCGUUUGGAGAUCUUUGUCAACCAGGAUAUUACUGCCCUGCUGGCACGACACACUCAAAAGAGAUGGCAUGUCCUGCUGGCACCUGGAAUGGCCAGAGGGGAGCCCAGGAUGCCUCUUGGUGUCUUCCUUGUGCCCCUGGGUUCUUCUGCAGUCUGUCUGGCCAAGAUGCUCCCGUAGGACUUUGUGCACAAGGCUACUACUGCACAGGAGGGGCAAAGACUGCAAAGCCAGAGGAUGGUGUCACAGGAGAUAUCUGUCCUCGAGGACAUUUCUGCCCUGCAGGUUCAGCAGCUCCUUCUCCCUGCCCCAGUGGUGAAUACAGCAAUGCAACAGGUCAAGACAAAUGUUUUCCAUGUCCUGCUGGGUUCCACUGUCCUAAAGGACUGCGACGCCGCUGCCCUCCUGGCUUCUAUUGCCCUCAGAGAACAGGAAUUAGUUUUUAUCCUUGUCCCCCUGGGACUUUCAACCCCUCUUAUGGACUCAGCCAGGCUGAGAGGUGCCAGAAGUGCCCUGCAGGAAUGUUCUGUGGAGACUGGGGACUCUCCUCUCCAAGUGGACCCUGCUGGCCAGGGUUCUUCUGCACAGCAGGAGCAAGUGUCCCAAACCCUGAUGGAGCCACGAACACCAGCACUGGUGGCCCAUGCCCACCUGGACACUUCUGCCCAGCUGGCACAAGUAUCCCACAGCAGUGCCCUGUGGGCACUUACUCAGACAGGCCAUACAUGUGGCAGGAAUCCAGCUGCAUGGCAUGCCCAUCUGGCCAUUACUGCAGCUCUGCUGCCCUCACAGCACCCUCAGGGCACUGCUCAGCUGGGUUCUACUGCCUGGCUGGAGCUUCCUCUCCAUCACCACCUGGUGUGUGGGAGGCAGGAGGCCCCUGUCCUGUGA